UUAAUUAUAUAUGACGUUUCCAUCUAUCGUGGCCGAGUGUAUAAAUUGUCCUGAUUCUCCGCCAUAUCCAUCAAUGAUCAUUGAUAAAGAUCCGCAACAGCUUCUCUCAAUCUCAUCUCAUCCCAUCAAUUAACUUUUUUGAGGAUUCAGCAUGGAUUCCUCAGUUAAUGUCCCAAGAUGGACGCCAAGCCCAGCAAGAUCACCUCAAAAAGAGCCUGAACGAGCUGAUGAUGGCUUGGAGGUUCAAAGCAUAGUUUCUGAAGAAGAUGCUUACUACGGGUCCUCUAACAAUAUGGAAACAAAUUUCCCAUUUAGCAUUGGCUUUGCAAGGAGCAAUAAUCCACCUCCUUAUUCAGGUAUUCAUGAAGUACCCUCUAUCAGGAUUGAGAUGGAACCAGCAGCUGGUUGCAUAGUUGAUUUUACACCAAAAGCAGAUGGCAUUUUCUUGACAUGGACUGAUCUUUGGGUGACUGUUUCUGGUGGGAAAAAGGGAACCAGGGAGAUCUUACAGGGGCUUACAGGGUGUGCUGAAGCCUGCAAGGUUCUAGCCAUCUUGGGACCUUCAGGUAGUGGCAAGUCCACCCUCCUUGAUACAUUGGCAGGAAGGCUAAGUUCGGGUACACAACAAACAGGGGAGAUCCUAGUCAAUGGUCGCAAGGAAACACUAGCUUUUGGAACUUCGGCUUAUGUGACUCAAGAUGAUACUCUAAUGACUACACUUACUGUAUGGGAAGCUGUUUACUACUCAGCACAGCUUCAAUUGCCUGAUUCCAUAUCAAGAUCAGAAAAGAAGGAAAGAGCUGAGAUGACAAUCAGAGAAAUGGGGUUGCAAGAUUCCAUGGAUAUAAGAAUUGGAGGGUGGAGCAGGAAAGGACUUAGUGGUGGACAAAAGAGGAGAGUUAGCAUUUGUAUGGAGAUCCUAACACGGCCAAAGCUUCUCUUCCUUGAUGAGCCCACCAGUGGACUAGACAGCGCAGCAUCAUACCAUGUCAUGAGCCGGAUUGUUAAGCUAGCUCGCAAAGAUGGAAGGACUGUAAUUGCAUCCAUUCAUCAGCCUAGCAGUGAAGUUUUUGAGCUCUUCCAUAAUCUCUGCCUUCUCUCCUCUGGAAAAACAGUCUAUUUUGGUCCUGUUUCAAUGGCAGAGAAGUUUUUUGCUACAAAUGGCUUCCCAUGUCCAGCUUUGAGGAACCCAUCAGAUCACUAUCUUAGAACUAUCAACAAAGACUUUGACGAAGACAUAGAACAAGGAAAUGGUAGCAUUAACACAGAGAAAAUCAUCGAUACACUCCUCAAGUCAUACAAGUCAUCAGAGAUAUGCAAGCAAGUUGAGCAGCAUGUACUCAUGAUAUCCCAACAGAAAGGAGGACCUCUAGAGAAGAAGGGAAGCCAAGCAAGCUUCAUUACCCAAAGCAUUGUUCUUACAAAGAGAUCUUUCGUUAAUAUGUAUCGUGAUUUAGGCUAUUACUGGCUUCGCCUUGCGAUUUACAUUGCAUUAUGUUUCUGUGUUGGGACUAUCUUCUAUGAUAUUGGCUUCACUUUUGGCUCAAUUCAGGCUAGAGGAUCCAUGCUCAUGUUUGUUGCAGCAUUCUUGACAUUCAUGGCAAUAGGUGGAUUCCCUUCUUUUGUUGAGGAUAUGAAGAUCUUUGAACGGGAAAGAUUGAAUGGACAUUAUGGGGUUGGAGCAUUUGUCCUCGGAAACACCUUUUCAUCCAUUCCCUACUUGUUUAUGAUCUCUUUAAUCCCUGGAGCACUAGCCUAUUACCUGGUUAGACUUCAAAGGAGUUUUGAUCACUUUGCGUACUUCGUGAUAUUGCUCUUCACCUGCAUGAUGCUGGUUGAGAGCUUAAUGAUGACUGUUGCAAGCAUUGUGCCAGAUUUUCUCAUGGGAAUCAUUACGGGAGCCGGUAUUCAGGGGGUGAUGAUGUUAAAUGGAGGCUUCUUCCGGUUGCCAGAUGACCUUCCGAAACCAUUUUGGAGGUACCCCAUGUACUACAUUGCAUUUCACAAGUACGCAAACCAAGGAUUCUACAAGAACGAAUUUGAAGGAUUAACUUUCCCCAACAACCAAGCAGGAGGACCUCCCACCAUUACUGGUGAUGAAAUAUUGAGAAACUUUUGGCAAGUAGAGAUGGGCUACUCUAAAUGGAUUGACAUUGCCAUCUUGUUUGGCAUGGUGGUUAUAUAUCGUCUCAUGUUUUGGGGAAUUAUUAAGACUGUUGAAAAGGUUAAGCCUGUUAUUAAAGCUUAUAUGGCGGUUCCUCCCAAGCAAGUAAGUCAGAUAUCAGAAUAAGAAAUGCUGUGAACUGUGAUGUAUUUUGUUUUUUAGUCUAGGUUUGCUAGUUACAUUUGUAGUUGAAUAGAACUUUACUCUCCUACUGUGAAAUGGAAAAUAAAAGCAUAUCGCAUUAUCAAAUAUAAACAAAUAAAAUAUGACUGAGAGGAAAUAUAGCUAUCAAAGCCAAAAUAAAGCCACUCUCUCAACUACAAAAUAAAAUAUUAGUGGACACGUCUACUG